AUGUCCAAUCCAACAGAAAUUGAAAGAAGUAAACGUAUAGUUACAAUGAAUAACUUUACAAAAUUGUACUAUGUAAAUUGUAUUGUGAAGGAGAAAUUUGGUAUUUGCAAUACUGGUGUUACAGAAUGUAAUUUAGAGACUGCAAAACAAUUAAAAGAAGAAAUUCUUAAAAAAUACAAAGAUAAAAUGAUUGUUACUACUAUAGAAAAGCCAAGCAGCAAGUCUAGUGUUGUCCCAAAGAGUUAUGUAAUAGAAACUGAACAAAAAUUUGGUGAUAAUGAAUUGUAUAUAAUAGAAGAUAUUUCACCACCUUCAUCCAAAAGACAAAAGAUUGAAGAUACUACGGUCAAUUUGGAAGGUAAAACCUUAAUUUACAAUCUUAGCAAUCAGUCAAUUUCAAAUUCAUUUACAUCAUUUUCGCCAAAACAAGAUAUAUAUGAAUACAACUAUAACAGAGCUCUAUUGCAUAACAAUCUAAUUAUUAGCUCAGAUGGUAUUGAAAAUUGUACGUCAUUAUUUCCUGAAAUACAAGAACCGCCUCAAAAUGAAAUUGAUAUAGUUCCAAUUAUUAACUCCUUACCAACUUCUUCAUCAUUACAAGUGAGUCUUGCUGAAACCAAAGAACAAUGUAUCAAUAAUGAAAUUAUAACGAACCAUGAUAGAAGUAGUCCUCCAUUGAUGUGUCCGUUGAUUGGAUCCAGUAGUAGUAUAGACAACCAAUAG